AUGGUGGAAGUGCAACUAAAAAUAUAUACAAUGUCUCGUUUACGAUGUAUUUCGAUAAGUUUAGCUAUUUUAGUGGUUUGUGUGGUACAAGAAAAAUCCGUCAAAGCUCACGAAAUUAAUGUACCACCAGGUCAAGAAUGUCAGAUGACUCCAGUAAUACACGUCCUUCAGCAUCCUGGUUGUGUGCCGAAGCCGAUACCUUCAUUUGCUUGCAUAGGCAAGUGCACCAGCUAUGUGCAGGUAUCUGGCAGUAAGAUAUGGCAAAUGGAGCGCACAUGUAAUUGUUGUCAAGAAUCUGGAGAGAGGGAAGCUACUGUUGUUCUUUUUUGUCCAAAAGCAAAAAGUGAAGAGAAGAGAUUUAGAAAGGUAUCAACAAAGGCUCCCCUAGAGUGCAUGUGCCGUCCUUGUGGAACUGUAGAAGAAAGUGCUAUAAUUCCGCAAGAACUUGCUGGCUAUUCCGAAGACAGCCCACUACACAAUCAUUUCAGAAAGACUUUUUAAACGUUGCUUCUAGUACCCAACAAAUUUCUAAUGGAAUAAUGAAGAUUGUUCGAUUUUAUUGAAUAAAUGACCCUGACCAC